UCUUCGUUCCGUUUUUGUUUCCACUCGACUCGACUCGAAGCCGGCCCCACUCGACUCGAAGACGCCCCAGCGGGCGAUCGGCCAUGGAGGCGGCGAGGGAGGCGAGCGAUGCAGCGGCUCUGCGGCAGGAGGUGCUGUCGCUGAAGCUGCUGUGCAACGCCGCGAGGGCGGAGGCCGCCGUGGCGGACGGCAAGGCGGCGGAGCUGAAGGAACUCGUCUUCAAGGAGCGCAGUGAGCAAGACAAGCUCGCAUGCUCCUUGCAGGAGCAGCUGGACCUCUUGCGACGGCAGCUGGUGCAGCAGUCGGAGGAUCUCCAAGUGCUGGCCCAGAAAGGCGCCGCAGCUGCGGCGGGGCUGGAGGAGAGGCGGCAGCGGGAGCUGGAGAUGCAGUGGCGCCAGGACCAGGGCUUCGCAGAGGCAGCGGAGCAGCGCCGCAAGGCGGAGGAAAGGCGGGAGGAGGAGGAGAGGCGCCUGGAGGAGCGUCUGCGGGACGCGGAGGGCAAGCGUCGGGAAGAGGCGGCCGAGGGCCGGCAAAGCGCCGCAGAGCUGCGGGGGAGGUUGGAGGUCUUGGAGCAGCGGUUGGGCGCCGCUCAGCAGGCGGCGCAGGAGAAAGCGGAGGCGCUGCGGCUGAUACAGGGCCAGGUGGCUGCGCUGGACGCCUUCCAAGGCACAGUGGAGACGCAGCUCUCGGAGACCUCGGGCCAGCUGGGGCGCCAGGAGAGGAGCUCAGAGGAGCAACGACAGGCCCUGCUGGCUCUGGAGUCGAACCUCAGCCAGCUCGGGGAAAAGCAAGGUGCUCGGCAGCGGCAGCUGGAGCAAGACCUCACUGGGCUGGCGGCGGCACAGGGGGAAACCCGCUCGCAGCUGGAGCAGCUGGAGCAGCGAGCCAAGGUGGAGACGGAGAAGCGAUCGCAGGAGAGCGCUGGCUGGAAGCUGGAGCUGAAGGCUCUCCAGGAGUCUCUAGCGUCGGAGGAGCAGGCCAGGAAGCAGGGCUUGCAGGAGCAGUCCCAGAUGUUGCAGAAGGUGCAAGGCGAGCUGAAGCUCGCGCUGCAGGGCGCCUGCGACAAGCUGCAGGCGAGGCACUCGAGUGAGCUCUCUGCGCUGCAGAAAGAGGUGGCCGCAGAUUCUGCUGCCAAGAACAAGAGGCUGGAGGACAAGGUGGGAGUCCUGCAAGAGCAGCUGCAGACGCAAAGGUCAGAGCAGGAGAAAGAAGCUGCGCAGCAGCUGCAACGGGUGCAGGACAUCACGGCGACCCUUGGCUCUACGAGUUCUGAGGUGAAGAGGCAGAAGGAGCAGCUCACCGAGCUGAAGCAGCAGCAGUCGCAGUCGGCAGUGGAUCUCCAGAAGCUGCAUGCCACGGCGGAGGGCCUGCAGAAGGAUAUGGCACAGGAGGCGUCGUCUCUGAAGAGCCUGUGGGAGGACGUCCAGAAGCUCCAAACGAGGAGCGAGGAGCAGAAAGCUGACACCAUUCAGAUCAGGGCAGAGCAGGGCACUGCCGCACAGCGCCAACGCUCCCUUGAGUCCUGGAGCAAGAGCUGUGACGCCAAGGUUUCGCACCUCGGCAGCCAGCUGCUAGAAGCACGGGCUGACCUGGAGCGUGCCGUGCAGACCCUGGAGAUGGAGCUGCGCGAGCAGAACCUGCGAGGGGAUGCUGCGCGACAGCAGGCGGCCGAGCAGUUUGCCACGCUGCGGCGGGAGGCGCAGGCGGCGCAGGCACAGCAGGCGGCCGCCCAGGCAGCCGUCAAGGAGGAGGCUGCAGCGCAGUGCGGCAGCUUGGAGAAGUCGCUGGAGGUGUUGCGCCAGAGUUGGGAUGCCCAGAGGUCCGCGGAGCAGGCACACCAGGGCCAAGUGGAGCAGCGGCUGGGGCAAGGGCUGGAGCGCCUCGCCCGCCUUGAGAGCCAAGAGGCGGCGAUGGAGGCCCACCACAAGGAGGAGAUUGUCGCCUUCGAGGCGGAGGUGUCUGCCACGCGCUCCGAGCAGGGGCGGCUGGCGGAGCGCCUCAGUCAGGCGCUGGAGCGCCUGGCAGGCUUGGAGGCCGUAGAAAAGCAGCAGGCGGAGGAGCACCGGCGCCAGGAGGAGCAGCUGGGCGCGCGGCUGGCAGAGAAGGGGUAUCAGCAGGAGCAGCUGUGCCGGCAGCUGGAGCACCAGGAGCAGCAACAGCGGCAACUGCAGGCGGAUCUGCAAAGUGUGCUGCAGCGCCUGGAAGCCUUGGCCAAGGUGGUCUGCCGCGAAGAGCAGGAGCUUCAGCAGCUGCUGCAGCGGCAGCUGGACACAGAGCGCGAGCAGCAGCAGAUCCACGACAGGCAACAGGCCUACGAGCUUCAACAGGACAAGACCCAGGAGAACUGCAGGAACCUGGAGACAGCCAUGGAGCAAGUGCAGGCAAGUGCCAGGGCUGCGGAGGCGCGGAAAUGGGAGCGGCUGGAGGAGCGGCUGGGCGCGGAGGCCGGGCGCCAGGCGCAGCUGUCUGAGAAGGUGGCACGGCUGGAGGCGAAAGAGCCCUUGGUGGAGGACCUGCACGCCAGAAUCAGCUCCUUGGCUUCUGCCGAGAAGUGCGAGCAGCAGGAGGCGCUCAUCCGACAGAUACAAGCAAGCCUAGAGAGCGACAGGCGUGGCGAUCGAGACGAUCGGGACGCCUUGGCGGCUCUUCGCUCGCGGCUGGAGGACCUCGUGCAGCAGAGCCAGGCGCAGCAGCAGGCUGCGGAGGAGACGUCGCGAGCUGUGUCCAGGCUUUCCAAAGACUCGGAGCUGCAAGCUGAGAACCAGGGCACCUUGAGUCAGCGCUUGGACCAGCUCCGCACCAGCGCACUCUCGGUGGUGCAGUCUUGCCAGGAGGAGAUUGCGGAGUCGCGGUCAGCGCUGAAAGCGUUGCAGGUGGACUUCGCCGGUGUCCGAGCACAGCAGAAGGAGCUUCAGGAGUGCACUAGGGAGCUGGAGCAGGUGGAGGCGGAGCACUACCGAGAGCUCCGCGCCAGCGGCGGCCGCGCAGCCACGAGGCUGGAGGAGCUGGACGCGCGAGUGGGCGCCUGCGCGUCGGAGCAGCGCCUGGAGGAGGUGGGGCGCGCCCGGGCCGGUGACAAGGCGGAGCUCGAGGGCCAGCUGGCGGUCAGCGGCCAGCGACUGGAGGGCCUGGAGCGACGCCUGGAGGCGCACGUGAACAAGGACAUCUUGGAGCCCGUGCGAGGCGUUGGGGCCCUACGGCUCUACCCGGACCUGGAGCAGCUGCAAAGUCGGCUGGGCCUCUGCGAGCGCCAGGCCUUGAAUGCUGGGGAGGUGCGCAAGCUUCUGGACGCUGAGUUGGCUGGCGCGCAGGCUGCCCUCCGGGAGCGGCUUUGCACCCUGGAAAGGAUGCCGGAGCUUGAGAAGCAGCUUGUGGAGCAGCAGGGAUGUGUGGAGGUGCUGCAGGGUCAGCGGAAGGAGCUGGAGAAGUCCCUGCAGCUUCUGGAGGCUGGCCUUAGACAAUGUGGCGAAGAGGUGGCGGAGGUGUCGACCCGUGGGGAUCGCCUGGGCCAGCAGCUCGUGGAGGAGCAGCAUCAGAGAGAGCAGAGUUCCGCAGAGAUGGUGUGCCGCGUCAGCGAAGCAGAGGCCGCGCUUUCUCGCCAGCUGGAGCAGCAGCAGGCCACCCAUCGGCAGCUGGAGGCGGAGCUUGGCGCCUUGUCCCAGCGGACUGGCGCGCGGCAGGAGGAGCAGCAGCGGAAGCUCCUGGAGGCGCAGCAGCGGAUUGAGGGGCUCCAAAGCCUGAGCCUCCUCACUGAUCAGCUGGCAGCCCAGGGGGGUGAGCUUGAGGGACGGCUGAGCUCCGAGAAGGAGCUACGCGAGCUCAAGGAACAGGCGCUGAAGGAGCAGCUGGAAAGCGAGCGGGCGGCGCGCGAACUGCAGCGCCGUGAGCUCAGCGCCUUCUUGCAGCAGCAGCGCCGCGGGGCAGAGCGCCUCACGGUGUUGGAGCGAAGCGUCAUGGCGGUCGAGGAGCUGGCGCGAAGGGAGAUCGAGGCACGUGUGCGAGAAAGCCGACGCAUUUGGGAUGUGCUUGACAACACCUUCGAGGCUGACGAGCAAGCGGAGUACCAGGAGGAGGAGAGGCCUGGCCAUCCUGGCCAGGCGCUGGCGGGCCUGUUGAGGCUCGGCAACCGCGAGCUGAGCCGCAAGGACAGCUUCUGAGCCAAAGGGCAAGGUAGAGCGCGCGGUCGGCAUGCGAAACUAGCUCGCUUCCAAACGUUCAGGCCACCUCCAGGUGAAAGUAGAUGGCCAAAAUGUCCGGU